AUGAACAGGUUUAUAAGAUAUAUUGCAUAAAUGGAUGUUUUCGGAGUUCCAAUACAUCUUUUAACAAAAGGUAAAGAUUCUAAAUUCUAAAGCAUUAUUGGUGGAUUAACUACUUUAAUUUUGGGAAGCACUAGCUUUAUAUAUUUUUUAUAUAUAAUUAUCCUUUGGACCAGCAAUUAAAUACCUUCAACAACAAUUUCAAAACAAUUAACUUUAGGUUAUGCUGAAUUUGAAUUGCCUACAGCAUCCAUUUAAUUAGCAUUAUAAGAUUUCUCAUCAGAUGUAGAUCCAUUUAGAAAAGAAAAUAAUAUCAUUACUCCAUUAAUUUUUGUUAUAUCAAAUACAACAAUUGUAGAUGAACCAGUCCCAAUUUAUAGCAGUGAAGAUAGUAAAUAUAAAAUUCUUGCAAAGAAUGGAACUUUAAUUCUCAAUGAUGGCUCUGAUGAAUAUGAAUCUCUUUAAAAUAAUACUUAAUUCUUUCUUGUUUUAGCCAGAUGUUCUUCUACUAUUACAAAAGAUGGAAGUUAUUGUGCUGAAGAAAGCAUAAUUGACAACUACUUAUAGAAGUUUCAUGGAUUGCUAAUUCUAACUGUUAAAUUAAACUAAUUGAAUUAAAUAACAAGAGAUUUAGAGGUUUUUGAAAAAUCAUAUUAUACUGCUUUAGAUUAUUCGAGACCAAUCUAUUCACAAAUUAUGUUAAAGCAAUAAGAAACUGUAAUAGAUGAUGGCAUUCUUCUUAGCAACAAUAAACAAUACAUAUUUUUAAAUAAUUUUGAAAUGACAAAUUAACAAAUUGAUAACUCAUUUCCAUCCCAAGUUGUAAAUGCUUUAUCUGAAGCAGAAUACGAUUUUUCAAGCGCAGGAUGCUACUUGUUUAGAAUUGAUAAUAUCUCUAUUUAAGAGAAUAUAACUAUGCCAAAAUUAGGUUAAGUACUUGCUCAAAUUGGCUCUAUUGUGCAAUUAAUAUUUUUCAUUAAAUAUUGUGUAUAUUAUUAUAAUAAUUAUUUGCUGGAAAAUGAAUUGCAUCAUGAUAUAAUAACUAUGUAUUAUCCUCAAUUUAAGGACUGCAAGCUUAACUUUUUAAAUCUAUUUAAGGUCAAUGAAAAAUAAAUAAAUAAAUUUCAACUUAUUGAUAAUCUUGAUGAAAAAUAUCGUCAUUUGCUUUAAAAGGCUAAAGAGAAAUGUCGACUUGAUAACAUAUUAUACGAAAUCUCAAGGAUUCAGUUUUUCCUACAAUAAUAAUUUGGAGAUUAAAUCUUAUAUCAAAGUCAUCAAUUAGGAGGGAAAUUGAUAAACAAUUAAUUAGAUUUGUUAAGUAAUAAGGAGUCUAAUACAUAAAGUGUAAAGCCUGUCGAAUCUAUUGAAGUAGAUUAUGAGCCAUUAGAAUUGCUAUUAAAAUAGUAUUGA